CGCUGACACUGUCCGCCUGCACAGUGGAAAAGCUAAGGCAGAUGGAGAUACACAAAGCCAUAUAAGGAAGAAAGAAGCCACACAUUUUUCAACACACUCUUUCCGUUUUGGUCCUUGUCUCUGGAGACACACAUGGGGUGGCCUGACGUGUGGUUUCCCUGGUCCUUGCAUACUGCUGACCAUACAAUCAUCUUCUGAGGUGAUCGUCAACAAUGUCCUCUGAAGAUCAUGAUGAUGAAGAGGGGGGCUACCAGAGCACUGAAGAGGUUUUGUCUAAUGAGGCUCAAAUCUACAGGAUACGAUUCUCUGCUGCUAAACAUGUGGAGGUGGAGUUUUGUAAAAAAGAAGACACAAACAAGAAAAGACACCCAACAGGCCGCUCAGGAAACAACCCAGGGAGAGUGAAGCGAGUGGUGUCCUGUAAGAGGAAGAGCCAUCGACACCUCACCGUCACCUCAGGGGCCCGGAGGAAGUCUCUCUCGACGGGGAAGCAUCCAGAUGCAGGUGGUGGUGACAGCGGCAGCAGCAGCAAAGACGAGGACGAGCCAGAGGACAUGCAGGAGCUAAGCGACAGAGACUGCUGGGGGGUGGCUCAGCAUAGGGACCAAGAGCCCAGGAUGAAGGAAGAAAUCUCCAAGUACGGAGACUUCUUCAAAGAGUUGUCCCAUGACCACAGGGUGGUCACACAAGUGCUUUCUGGAAGGCACCUGCGGCUCAAGAUAGCAUCCAGCCUGUGGAAAAGAAGUGCAGGAGAAUUACUGGCAUAUUUAUUAAGGCUUGAAGACACACGCUUGCUUGUCGAUUGCCUGCCUAUAAUAACCAAACGCCUUCAGGAUGACACAUCAGACAUUAACAUUGGCUUCUGUGUGGAUCUUCUACCCUUGGUGAAGAGCGCCCUCAGGAGUCCAUUUGAAGACUACCUGAUUGUUUGUUUGAGCUGGGUGCAAUCUGUCCUGAACAAAUGGUGGCCACAGUUUACAGGACAUUAUGAUCAAGCAAGUGCCACAUAUGUAUCUGACAGAAAUAUUUAUAUCAUAAAACACCAACUUCGAGAUCUGCAAGAACAGGCGCCCGACUUCUGUUCAUUCUCAGGAAAGACAGGUAAAAUAGCAAAGAGUGUACAGGCAUGCUUGUUUCAGCUGUCUUGAUGAUGCUGAUGCAGACGUGGAUAAGACCAUAACUUCUCUUGACUGGAGACAAAUCCACAUCACCAAAACAGUUGUACUGUACAGUCACCAAACCUUAUCUCACCGCAACAUAGGCUACUAGACAUUUGUUUAAGAAGAAUGUGACUAUGAUGCUGAUGCUGAUUGUGAGUGUUACUAUAGUCUACUUCGGUCUUUAGACUUUGAAGAGACGAUUCUAACUGCAUGGUUCCAAAUGUAAGGCGGCUUCAGUGUCACUUUCAUGAAGAUCAUUUUAGAGGGCUACUCUGGUCAAAGGAUGUGACAUUGCUCAUGCCAGAGACUGUUCUGUUAAAGUUAUGCAGUUGCAAAUGUCAUAUUCAUAUCAUGUGGUCGAUGAAUCAUUUCAUAUGGUCAUAUCAUUUGGUCAAGAAUAAUUUCACAAAAUGCUUUUCAUCAUCUUCUCACCAAGCUCUUGAAAACUCUUUUUUUGCAAAACAGCUGUUAGUGUUAGGCCCAUGUCAUUUUGAUAAUUUUGAGCUGUAAAAAGUACAAUGAUGUCAAAUGCAAUGAUGCUUAAAUUAUGCGCAUUGAAUAUGUAUUAUGAACAUUAUUUCUUCUUUUUUUCUUUCAACUAUCAUCGAAACGUUAACAAAGGCCUACCCACGGGCAUGUAAUCCCGCUACAGUUUUUUCCACUGGAAUGGUCAUACAGGCCCUUAUGUAAAUUACAACUUGCCAAUAAAGGAAAAACGGGUAUGUGCUUUGUCUGACGUCAUUACUCGGCGCCCAUGCCGACUUGACAGCUGCGUUGCAGCAGAGUUUCUUGAAAUGUUGUCGUAAUUUUGGUGUUAUUGCGACUGUGUAGUGGUUUAAUGUAACGUCCGAGGCUUUAUAAAAGAUCGACACUCAUGGAUAUGCCUUCUGUGCGGCA